AUGUCCUCCACUACCCAAAGCGGCAAACGAAUUGUCUUCACAGGCGGCUCAGGCAAAGCAGGCCGCCACGUAAUCCCGUACCUGCUCGCCAAAGGCCACAAAGUCCUCAAUCUAGACCUGCUCCCCUUCCCAGACCCCGCGGCCGCCGUCUACACACUGAAGACCGACCUCACGGAUUCCGGACAGGUGUUUAAUGCGCUGACUAGCCAUUUCGAUAUGCGCGGGUAUGAGGCGGGUCCGGUGCCUGGGCCGCCCGAUGUAGUGAUUCAUUUUGCUGCGUAUGCGAGGAAUAUGCUCGUCCCGGACUCGGAACUCUUCCAGGCAAAUGUGAGGAGUACGUAUAAUGUAGUGGAAGCUGCGUCCAAGCUUGGGGUGAAGAAGAUCAUUAUCGCGAGCUCGGAGACGGUCUACGGAGUUUGUUUUGCGCAGGGCGAUGCGCAGUAUCAUUCUUUCCCGCUUGAUGAGGAGUAUGAUGUUGAUCCGGAAGAUUCGUAUGCGCUUUCUAAAAUAUGUGGCGAGAAAACCGCACGCACUUUUGCGAGACGCUUCAAGAGUGAUAUCUAUGCGCUGAGGAUCGGUAAUGUGAUAGAGCCGCAUGAGUAUGCGAGGGAUUUCCCGGCGUUCAUUGAAGAUCCGGCAUCGAGGAAGAGGAAUGCGUGGAGUUAUAUCGAUGCGAGGGAUUUGGGGCAAAUAUGUGAUUUGGCGAUUGGGAAGAGUGGUCUUGGGUUCCAAGUUUUCAAUGCUACUAAUGAUACAAUUACGAUCAAAGAUAACUUGACGACAAAAGAGUUCUUGGAGAAGGAAUGCCCCGGGACGAAGUUCACGCGAGAAAUGGGAGCAAAUGAGGCACCGUUGAGUAAUAGAAAGAUUAGGGAGGUCUUGGGUUACAAGGAUGUGCAUGACUGGAGGAAGUAUCUAUGA